AUGGAGGCGACGAUCAGAUGCUUUGUCGCAGACCACGCGGACCCCCGCCGAUCCAGCGACUUCACCCCGCCCGCGGUCGUCGAAGCGGCGGAGAUCCGCGUAAAACUCGAGAGCGAUUACCACAGCGAACACGACUACGCCGGCGACGUCAGCGAGGUAGCCGGCACUGAAGCCGGCGGCGGGGAAGACUGGGACGUGGACUCGGAUUCUAGUAGAGAAUGGAAUCGCGUCCCUGGAGCGAAGCGCAGAGCCGACGCCGACGCGGAGGACGCGGACCUCGCGCCGAGCGCGAAGAAACAUGCGGUGGCGAACGGUGAAAGAGUCGAAGUGGAAAGCGACGAAAGCGAUGAAAGCGACUACGGGCCACUUAAUGAAGCAGGCGCGUUCGAUGACGUCCCUUGCCUCGUUUGUGGACAGAAGGAAAGGGACGCGCGCCAGUUGCACGACGACUUCGUCUUGUGCGAGAACGUGGACAGUUGCAGGGGCGGCGGUCACUUAACGUGCUUGAAGCUGACGUAUGUGCCCAAAGACGUUUGGUUUUGUUCUCAGUGCGAAGACGAGAGCGACGGCGAACGCGCCGAGGUAAAGCCGCGCGGUGGUCGGCGUUGGAACCCAAAGUCGAAGUACUUUGGCGUCAGUCAGUUGAAAGGCAGAAAGUGGAAAGCCACGCACAAAAAUCAAUUCUUGGGAACCUUCGACACCGAGGUGGAAGCCGCGCGGGCGUAUCGAGACAGGGUCGGUGUGCAAGAUUUCGUGCUCCGCGACCCUAAGAAGCCUUUUAGCGACCCUAAGAAGCCGAUGCGGAAGUUGGUCCUCAACGUCAAGGUCGAACGCACGGACGUCGUCGCUGAAAGGCGCGGUGAUCUCGAUGACGACCAGCGCGCUACCCGCACGCGUUUGCCGCGUCAUCGGACCCCGAAAUCGAAGGCGGAACUCGACGCGGGGCUCGAAGACGCGCUCCCCGCUUCCGGAACGCCCGGCGAUACUCUCGCGGCGGCGGGCGACAAGAUGUCGAUCGAGACCGGUCUCGAAACGCUCAAAGAGUGGCGCGAGCGCAAGCUCAUCACCGAGAAGAUGUACGACGACCGCGCGAACGAGUUGUUGUCCAAGUUCACGGCCAAAUACUGA